UGUUAUUGAAUAUUUGUUGUUUGUGAUUGUUAAUUUCAACAAUUUAAACUUUAUUCAUUGCAAUUGCCUAGCUAACGACAAUUCAAGUAAACUGCGACUAGCUAAACAGUAUCGUGCCCCGCCUAAAAACAAAAUAGCGGAUCGUGUGAGAGCGAGAGAGAAAAACGGUUUUUGUGGCGCUCUUUCGCUCUCUCUCUCUCUGUGGCCCCAACUGGGGCCCCCACUCAUUCUCGUCGCCGUUUGGAGCCAAAUGAAUCUGUCGACUACUGCCGCUCUGUGAGUCCCGUUCCGUCUGCAGCAGCGUCAAGUUUGAAAGAUUCGUUCGUCGUACAACUCGCCUACGUCUACGUGCCAUUUUUUUUUUUUGAAAAAUCUGCAUAAAUUUGACCGCGUCUGAAACUGCAUAAAAAUAGCAGAAGCCAGCGCGAAAAACAGCGAGGCGAAAAUAAAUACAUAUUUCGGUUUAACAAGUGUGUGGCGCGCGAUUGGCUCGUCGUUGGGUGUUCACUGUGCAUUUAAAGUUAUCAUAUUUACGUGUGUGGCCGCUGGUGUGCCAGGCCAGUGCAUAUAAAUAUAUCUAAAAUCCAUUUAAUUAUAAAUUAAAAACCCCAUCAACUCAACCACACUGAAUGUCCGAGAAUAAAGGCAUCAUGCUGGCCAAAUCUGUUCAAAAACACGCUGGACGUGCCAAGGAGAAGAUUCUACAAAACUUGGGAAAAGUGGAUCGGACUGCAGAUGAAAUCUUCGACGACCACUUGAACAACUUCAAUCGCCAACAAAUGAGCGCCAACAGAUUACAGAAGGAAUUCAACAAUUAUAUAAGAUGUGUUCGCGCUGCACAAACCGCCUCCAAGUCCCUGAUGGAUGCCGUGUGCGAGAUCUACGAGCCACAGUGGAGCGGCUACGAAGCCCUGCAAGCACAGACUGGCGCCUCGGACAGCUUGUGGGCGGACUUUGCCCACAAACUGGGGGACCAAGUGCUCAUACCACUCAAUACAUACACCGGACAAUUUCCCGAAAUGAAGAAAAAAGUUGAGAAGCGCAACCGAAAGCUGAUUGACUACGAUGGCCAGCGCCAUUCGUUCCAAAAUCUCCAGGCCAAUGCCAACAAACGCAAAGACGACGUCAAGCUGACCAAGGGACGCGAACAGCUGGAGGAGGCCCGACGCACCUACGAGAUGCUCAACACGGAACUGCACGACGAGCUGCCUGCCCUGUACGACUCGAGAAUACUGUUUCUGGUGACCAACUUGCAGACGCUCUUCGCCACCGAGCAGGUCUUCCACAACGAGACGUCCAAGAUAUACUCGGAGCUGGAGGCGAUUGUUGACAAACUGGCCACAGAAUCGCAGCGCGGCUCUAACACGCUCCGCAAACAGACAAGCAAUGCCAUCAAGACGUCGAAUCCAGUGCAGACGCCGGUUAACAAGCUGAACAACGCCAGCAUCAACAGCACCAACUACCAGAAUCAAAUUACCACAAACGGGGGCUCCAGUCUGGCGAACAGCCCAACAUCCACGAGCUCGUCCCUGCAAGAGCCGAGAUUUGAUUCCAUUUCUUCAACACCAGAACCGACGCCGGAGUCGCCGUCGCCGCCGCCAAUUUUAAAGCAGCGCAUCAGUCCAACGCCGGCGGAUGGGGUGAAUGGUGCGACGACCACAAGCAGCGCCCAAGCAAUGGACAUUGCCGAGCUAAGCAGUCCGAAUGCCAACACGAAGAUCACAACCACCACACAGACAACGACAGUGACAAAGACAGAGGAACAAAAAGCAGCAGGAGAGGGAGCAGCAGAAUCAGCAGCAGCACCCCUCCAGGUGAACGGUAAUGGCAACAACAAUCAAUCCCCGGCAAGCAGUGCCAGUGCACAGGCAAAGGAGAAGGAAAGCAUCAGCAGCAGCACUGCCAGUGGCGGGGGCGGUGGCGGCAAGCAUCCCAAAGAGCUGCCCACAACAACAACGAAUGCCGAAGCAGCGGCCGAGGCGGCCGCCAAUAACGGCAACUCCAUCGAGGAGCACAAGCAGAAGAAAUUAGGUAAUACAGCGAUAGGAAUCACCACUACUACUACCACCAAGCACUUAGUUACAUCAACAGAUACAGAUAAAGAUACAGACACGGUUACAAAUACAAGUACAAGUACAGUCAGCAAUCAGAUCAGUAGGCAAUUAGUUCAUAGACAAACCGUUAAUAAUGCUAAUAAGAAUCCGUUCGAAGAGGACGAUGAGUGCAUCUACGAGGUUCCCAAUGAUGCCAACACGGCUGAUUUACCGGCCGGCGUGCUCUACCGAGUGAAGGCCACCUACGGCUACGUGAAGGAGGAUGUUGACGAGCUGAGCUUCGAAAUUGGGGACACCAUUCGCGUGAUCGAGUACGAUGAUCCCGAGGAUCAGGAGGAGGGCUGGCUAAUGGGUCAGAAGGAGGGCACCAACGAGAAGGGCCUCUUCCCCGCCAACUUCACGCGCCCCAUCUGAGCGGUGGUGGACGACCGGAGCCGGGGCUGAGAACCAAUCCACCAAACAGCCACACAAACUGCAGUCCUCACGCCACCACACCCCACCCAACAUUUUGUUAAACCAUAAAUAUCUACAAAACGGAAAUCCCAAUCCAAACUUUUGGCCAAACUUUCAUUAUUAAAAUUGUCUUGUUCUGUGAAACGCAUUCUUUCGAUUAGCAAUCCGUCGAUUGUUAGAGCAGUGCUUCCAGUUAUUAUUAAUUAUUAUUGUUGAACGCCAUGGCAGACCACACCACACCACGCAAAGGAAUAUCGAAGCGAAUGGCAUUAAAACACACACCACACUUUGAGGACGUUUCAAAUUUUAUUUUCUAGUUUUAAGCCUCGGCAAAUCUACGUAUACAUACAUAUAUUAUUUGUUAAAACUACUAUUGUGCUCAUAAUUAAUGCGAACAAAGUGUAAUAAGUUAAAGGCAACACACACAAAUUCAACGCAUAUCGCUCGAAAGAAAAGAGUAAUGUAAUUGUUAAAAAAAUUAAGAAACAAAGAAGGCGGCAUGGAGGAGAAUAUAACCUUAACCUGAACAUUUUGUAUGUGUAUUUUGCAAAUAUGUAGUACGAGUUUUUUAUAGUCAAUUGUGUGUAUCGUGUAUCUGGAGUGAAUCGGGAUGGCCAGUAGAAAUUCCCGUCUGUUGACUCCAGGACAGGACUUGGAUUUUGAUUUGGAAAUGGAAAUUUUUUUCAGAUAGGAACUUGUAAUUGUAUUUUUUUUUUUUUUUUUUUUUU